AUGACCCUUUAUCUGCUGUUUGCAUUCCUUUUCCUUGCAUUUCUGUCUGAAUCAGGUAAUGCCCAGCGGUGGUGUCAUCGUCGAGGAGGACGCUGCUUUAGCCAUCGCUGUUUACAAAACUUUGAAAACCUUGGCAAAAUUGACUGUAGACAGAGUCAUAUAUGUUGUCGACCAAAUGGUGCGCAAUGGAAAAUAAUGCCAUCUCCAUCGAGCAUCCAGGAUGUCUUCAAGAUAUGGCCAAUGACCUGAGAUUACUGCCUGCUAUCAUUUUAUCUUUCUUUACAUGAAUCAAAUUGCUAUCUAUCAAAUUCUAAAAUAUUUAUGCAUUGAAGUAAAAUUUA